AUACAAACAUCAAAAUUAAACCCUCUAUUUCUUCUUAGCUUUCCUUCAUCAACACAUAUUAAUUCAUUCUAGCAAUUUCACAUAUAAUCAUAGACUUAAUAAAACAAGUUUAAUUAAAUCAAGCAAGAGAAUUUCAUUGCAACAUUUUUUCAUAAUUCAUUUUAGAGCCAUGAUUACAAUUCAUCACCCUUGGGUUUUUGCCUUUGGCCUACUAGGCAACAUAAUCUCUUUUAUGGUAUUUCUAGCACCACUGCCAACAUUUAUAAGGGUUUACAAGAAAAAAUCAACAGAAGGGUUCCAAUCAGUUCCAUAUGUAGUAGCAAUAUUUAGUGCCAUGUUAUGGAUUUACUAUGCAUUAAUCAAAGGAAAUUCUAUACUCUUAAUCACCAUUAAUGUUGCUGGAGUCAUUAUUGAGACCAUUUACAUUGUCAUUUAUCUUACCUAUGCUCCUACCCAAGCUAGGAUUUCGACUCUGAAACUACUAAUAGCGAUGAACUUUUGCGGGUUUUGUUCGAUUGUUUUAUUUUGCCAUUACUUAAUCAAAGCCGACGCAAGAGUUCAAGUUUUUGGGUGGAUAUGCGUCGCCUUCUCUAUUAGUGUCUUUGCAGCACCCUUGAGUGUAAUGAGAACGGUGAUCCAAACAAAGAGCGUGGAAUACAUGCCAAUAAACUUGUCCCUAUGUCUCACAUUAACAGCUACAAUAUGGUUCUUAUAUGGAUUCGUCCAGAAAGAUCUCUAUAUUACGCUUCCAAAUGUUGUGGGGUUCAUGUUUGGUGUAGCACAAAUGGUACUCUACGCAAUUUACAGGAAAUAUGAUAGAGCAGCCCAAAAACAGAAGUUACCAGAAAUAGUAAGUCCUGUCAAACAAAAGCAGGAUGUGGAUAGUAUUAUUCCACAACCACUUGAAGAAGAAAAUAAGGAAAUUGAGGUUGUUAUUGCUACAAAUGAUAAUUUGGAUGAUGAAGAAAAUGGUAAUAUGGGCCAUGAUGAUAAGUUAUAUGGGCCUCCCCAAGGCCCAUUGAGAUGUGAUGUGGAUGCUGAGAACAUUGUUGGUGGACCUACUGGCCCAACUUCUGUACAAUUAGUUCAGUGUGAAGUUUGAACUGGGUGAUUACUGUGUCAUAUGAUUUGCUAAUUUGCUUGUGAAUGUGAGUCGGGAAAAUACUAUUAUGAACGAUUUUCGUUGUUUUCAGGUUAUUUUGAACAAAUUGUGAAUUCAUGAUGCGAAUUAGUUGACAAAUCAUGUUACACGUGGGGGAUUCGUGUAGCCCAAUAGUUUUGGGUUUGUUUAUCAUUUUAUUUAAUUAAUUAAUUAUAUUUUUUGUUAUUUGCUUCACAAUAAAAAAGGGUAAUUUUUCUUGUAGAUUUGUUAUACAAUUGAUGUAAAUUUGGAAUGGUUUUUUUUUUUUGAAAGUUCAUUUUGCUGAUAAGUUUUGAAGA